AUGAAUUGUUUGUCAUUACCACGCGUUUUGAAAAGUUCCAUUGGCUCGGCUACUAAUUUUAUUGGUAGUGGUAGUAGGCUAUUGAGUCACGCUGGUUCUGCUGGUUUUGUUAUUUCGCGGUCCAAGUUUCACUUACCUGACCUUCCAUAUGACUACAAUGCUCUCGAACCAAUUGUUUCAGCAGAGAUAAUGAAAGUUCAUCAUUCCAAACAUCAUCAAACAUAUGUUAAUAAUCUCAAUGUAGCCGAAGAAAAAUUUGAAAAAGCACUAAAAGAUAAUGACGUUAGGGAACAAAUUGCACUUCAAUCUGCAUUAAAAUUUAAUGGAGGAGGGCAUAUCAAUCAUUCACUGUUUUGGAUAAAUCUUUCACCAAUUAAAGAAGGUGGCGGAGAACCCCCCAAAGGACAACUUCUUAGUGCUAUUCAAAAAGAAUUUGGUUCUCUUGAAGAUUUCAUUAGUAAAUUUAAUUCAAGUACUGUUGCCGUCCAAGCUGAUUAUUUGAAAGCCAUUUGGGAAGUUGUUAAUUGGAAAAUUGUAGCGGAAAGAUUUGCCGAAGCUCAAUAA